GGCGUCCCACCUGCCCGAGGAGACUCUGAGUUUGUCUCGCGCGAAGUUGCGGGCCGCACGCGGUUCGCCCGGUCCUCUCGUGCUCCGUACGCGGAACGCAACGCGCGCCACGCAGUGCACCGCUAACGGCAAUCCGACGAAGUCGUCGAACAGUGGCAAGAGACCUUGGAUCUCACGGCAAUUGUGAAAAGUAAAAUUUCAUUCCGAUGGUCGGACAACCCAUUGACUGCAACUAUCAUCGGUGGAUCUUCGAUAGUAAUCGUGAAAAUCAAAAGUCGCGGUGCUUGGACAACCCAUAGGCUGCAACUAUCGACGGUGGAUCCCCGAUCCCUCAGCGAUUGUGAAAAGAAAAUCUUCUCGUGCAUCGGCAACCACGAGGCUUCGCAAGUUUCGAUAGUGGAUCCCCGAUUGUGGAAGUUCUCCGGUGCUUGGACAACCCACACGCAGCGAGUUUUGGAAACGGAAGAGGUGAUUUUUAGUACCGAGGAAGAAUGAUCCCGUGAGGCUGAGAAUCGAUAGUCGCGAUCAGUCGAAAAGUGCAUCGCUCGGGGAAGCCUUCGGGGAUUGCGCCUCGCGUGGAUCUAGUUCAUACGCUUGGUAGCCAGCGGAUCAUAAGUUUUCGAGAGACACACGUCGGGGGGAUUGAAAAGCGUGCGCGUGUGAGUGCGUGUCACGCUAUGGCCCGCUACGAUUGAGUUUGUUGCGACGCUCUCUUGUGCCACGUACACGAUCCAAUCCCGGAAUGAUGAUCCGCGACUAUCUGAUGCUACUCUCGUGGCUGUGCGCGGUGCAAGGGAAAAUAGGGUAUUUCUGGCACAUCACCGACAUCCACUAUGACCCGAAGUAUUCCACCCAGGGAAACGCAGCGAGCAUGUGCUGGAACACAAGGAGCAGCAGCGACACCGAGCGGAUACGGCUCGACAAAAAGCUGGCAGGCGAGUUCGGCGACUAUAGCUGCGAUUCACCGUGGGCCUUGAUCGAAUCAGCGGCGAGUGCAAUGGCAUCGCAUCGCGGCGGAGGAAUCGAAUUUGUCCUCUGGACGGGUGACGCGCUGACGCGCACCGCUGGCAUGAGCGCCGAGCUACGUCUGCAGUGUUUGCGGAAUUUGACCGAUCUGUUGUCUCGCACGUUUAAGGAACAAUUUGUGUUCCCUGCGCUCGGACACGACGAGGGAGUAAGCUUCGAGCAGCUCGCUGUGGUCUGGUCGCAAUGGUUGCCGCAGGAGGCUUUGGACACGUUUCAAACCGCCGGAUAUUACACGAUAGAGCAGAGAUCGGAAAAGUAUCGAAUCAUCUUCCUCAACACAAAUUUGUGGCUGAACACACCUUACAACCGUAAUCUGGAGCAACGCACAGAUAGCAUCGCGACCGAUGGGACGCCAGAUCCUUUCGAUCAAUGGAAAUGGUUCGAGUCGACCCUCGACAGUGCGCGGAGGAAGAAGGAAACGGUCUACAUCGUGGGUCACACGCCACCAGGAGUCGACGAACGCGAGAGCGGCGCCUUAGUCCUCAGCGAGACGCACAACGCCAAGUACCUUCGCCUGGUCAGUUCCAACGCGGACAUCAUUCGAGGGCAGUUCUUCGGUCACUGGCACUCUGAUACUUACCGUGUGGUUUACGGCGACACAGGUCAACCGGUGUCUUGGAUAAUGAUGGCGCCCAGUAUAUCGCCCAGCACGCCUGGAGGGCCCAACAAUCCCGGUGUGAGACUGUACAAGUUCGAAACUAGUACCGGCCAGGUCCUCGAUUAUACGCAGUACUACCUGGAUCUGCCGGAAGCGAAUAAAAAUGGGAAGGCAAACUGGAUAGCCGAGUACUCCAUGCUCGACUACUACGAGCUUCAGGAAAUAACGCCGAAUACUCUUCACGACUUGGCCGAACGAUUGACGCAGUCGAAUGAUAACGCUUUCGUCAGGUACUACGCCGCCAACACGGUGUCGCUGUCGCGGGAGGUCGGCCAGGUCUGGGGAUGCGGGGGCCCCCUGAACGGAGCCUGCGCCCUUCAUCACUACUGCACGGUCACCAGGUUGAAUCCCGAGUCCUACAACGAGUGCUUCUCGUCGUACGCUUAUCCGUUGGCGUCCGUGGCGUCCUCGACGACGCCGCUGUACCUCUACCUGCACCUGCUCGUCCUGAUCGCCGCGGAACUGCUCAGAAAUCGGUAGGUUGCGACGCCGACGGUUGCUACGGAAGACAGCUGCGACGCGAGCGAGCGGAACGCAGCUCCUACCCGCGCGCGAUCCUCGGAAGAUCGGUUGAUAUCCGCCGCGAGGGGUUAGAUCGGGGAACGAGAGAGAGAGAGAGAAAGAGAGAGAGAAAAUCGAUGCUCACAGCGAUCCGUUUUGCUUCUGUGUCCGUCUUUAUGUCUGUCAGGCAUGUCCGAGCUCCCCGAGCUUGGGCAACCUCCCCCCACUCUAUCACGUUGACAUGGUACGGCAACGAAGGCGACACGAUCGGGAAUCGGGGCGAUUAUCGAUACGCGAAGCGUGGGUGGAGAAUUAUGCGGUGCAACCGAUGGGGAAGCUGGACGCUAGAAAGGGUACCGAAUGGGACACGACGGGUUCUGGAGAGCAGGAUUGCCCGUGGACAGUGGAUGGCUCCCGAUCGCGGAUCCGGGGGACGAAGUUUGUCUGUAGCCGAGACCAGGGUUGCCACGUGUCCUGCUAUCGGUGGGCGGUUCUACGAUUAGGACAAUUCGUGUCCUGCUUACCUUUUUAUAAAACCGUCUUAUUUCAAGUUCUUCACUGUGAGUAUACGCUAUGUGUCGAUGUAUGUGAUUAUGUAUUUGAAUUUGCCAUGUCUCGUAUCGGGCCUGUGCUAUUAACAGCAGCGUCCAAAAAUAAGCUCACCCUUCGUAUCUUCUUUUAUUUAGAAUUCUGUACCUGAGUGGCAAAGGAUUCUACGACCCUAGCUAGGUCUUUAUAUAUAUACAUACGUACACUGAAGCAUACACACAUGUAGGCCCUCAGUCCCUCAGGAACAGAAUAGUCUCACCUCGUACUUGUCAACAUGUGGCAACCCUGCCCGAGACAUUGCUGUACCACGAAGGCAGUCGGUGCUGCGUUGCACGAUGCGAAAGCCUCCUGUAAAAAUUAGCGUGUAGUAUUUCGUUUCACGUGCGAAAUGUCCAGCAGAAACGGGACUUACUUAAGUUCUACGCUUUUCCGCAACUGCGCGUGGAAGGGGAGCGAGCUACCCGAGUGGCGCAAUUCGUGGACAUGCCUGAACUAUGUCUUUUCCCCGUCGAGUCGCACGAUUGGGGUUCGAGCGUCACGUGGGAAGCGGGACUUGGCGAUCACGGCGAUCUCGCGACAGCGCUGCCGCGAAAUUUCACGAUCGCGAGCGCAAUCGGCGUUCAGGUGGCGGCGGACAGCUCAACGGACUGGGUCGAAGGUUACCGCCGCUACUGUCGGUGCCGUGACGAGGCAGGAGCAGCAAGAGCACGUGUCCCUGGACCUCGUCGCAUAUUAAAAGUAAUAAAAAUUAAAUUAACGGAUUUUAUUUAUUAUUUGAGUGCUUAAAAAUCAUAGUGGAGUAAGUGAAGAUAACACAACAUGGAGAUACGAUGUAAUCUCAUACGUAAUCUAUGUGAUAUCAUGUGGAACUUAAUUUUCGUUUAUUAAUUUCGCACUAUUCAACUUCUCUAUUUUUACAGAAUUACUAAAGUUUUAUGACAGGAUUAGAUGCAGUAGCGAAUUCUGAGCAUAAAACUAUCAGAGUAUGUCUAUCCCAAAACUCAUUUAGUUUCCGAGCUACUCUUUUAAUUCACCCUCCAGUCAGUAAGAGUCGCCGUGCGCUCCUGACUCCGCGACGCUUAACGACGGUCCACUGUAUCUCGGUAAAUAUCGAUCUUAGGAUAGUUAUACCUUAACACUUUUAUUCUCAGAAUUUGCUACUCUAUCGUACACUGUCAUAGAAAUUUUAUAAAACCGAUUGAAAUGAAACAUUCCAUGUACUAAAAUGGGAAUGGAGGAAGGGGGCCGUGUUCCAUUGUUGCCCCGAGCGCCAAAAUAUCUAAGCACGGCCCUGGCGCGACCGUGAGACCAGAGGAUGACCGAGGGUCCUCGGACCGGAAUCGUUUUGCAAAAAUAAAAAAAAAAAAAAUAAAAAUCAUUGAUGUUGUACUUACUUCUCUUAAACGUUUGGUGUACGGUGUUCUGACACGAGAGAAUAUAAUAACAGCGACGCGAGAAUGAAUGAAUCGAUCCCACGAAAAGUCGCUAACACUUGUUCGGCGACGUCGCGCGACUUCGGUCCGUCUUUACGGACGCUGAAGUCGUCGACUCCGAGGCGUAUGCGUCGAUGCGUAAUAGCUUAAAGGGCCAUGAUAUUCGUACCAAGAUUUUGCGAUUGUCGGAACAAUACAAUAUUUCUUAAUAAAGGAAUCAUGGAUUUGUA